CGAAUAAAAUCAUCCAAGCCGCGAAGGUGCAUUUAAUUCUAGGUUACAAUAUGUAUCGUUUUUUCCUAAAAAUCUAAAAAUGGACGAAGCAGAUCGGACUCAGUCAACGAGUCUUAUCGUGCCGGCGUCGGAAACGGCGUCGGGUUCGGGGGUGCGCGAGGAGGUGGACGAUGACGAUCGCCGACCUCCUCAACCGUUUCCUCAGCGUAGCACCGCCGUAGACGACGCUUAUCAUCCACAUUUCCAGCAAACGAACAAUGAUGAGACGGUGCAAUCUUUCUCAGACGACACUUGGUCUUGUGUAGUCGUUGUUAUUACUUUCUGGUUCUUCGUGUCUAUGACUUUGAUAUGGGGGGUUUAUGGGACAUCAAAUUUGCAGCUUGGACCAAAUUCAUCGAUUAUGAUAAAACCUAAUCCAUUGUUUGUGGAGCAAAUAACGGUGGAGGAGAUAGAUACUGCAAUAGGUGGACCAAUGCUGUAUGGACUUUACAGAAAUCCCCCCCUUGAUAUUGUGGCUACUUGGUCUGAAGCUUAUAAAACCUCUCUCCCAGCAAACACUCACAAGGAAUGGACAUAUUAUUUCAAUGCAGGAUCAGAAAUAAGUAUUUCAUAUAAUGUGAAUUCACUCAGUUCAUCUUCUUUAGUCCUGGUAAUUACCCAAGGAAGUGAUGGUCUAGCUCAGUGGCUUGAAGACCCAUCUUAUCCAAAUGGUGCCUUUUCAUGGAAUUUGAUUCAUGGAAAUGGCACAAUCUGGCAGGAUAUACGGAAGUCGUCUAGUUAUCAUGUUGCAGUGGGUAACUUAAACUCCGAAAUGGUAGAGGCGCACUUGAACAUCAAGAUAAAGGCUUUUCUCUAUAGUACUAAUGAGGCUUACUACAAAUGUAGAAUCACACAGAAUCAAUGUGGGUUGAGUCUUUUUUUCCCCGGUGGAAAUGUUGCUCUUCUGACAUCUCCUAGCCAGAGACCAGAUACAGCUGAUGGUGUGUGGACUGUCAAGCUUUCCUAUGGACCUCGAUGGAUCACAUACCUUCUUGGCAUAGGUGGAACGUGUUUUCUUGUGUUCCUGGCCCAGCGUAUCCUAAACAAUCUGCAUCGUAGUCGUCAAGACACAAGUAGAGCACAAUUAGAAGAUGCUGGAUCUGAACGGUUCCCUAUGCUUUCGGAUAAACAUGAUGACAACUUGAGUUUGGGUUCCUCUUACUGUUCUCUUUCUCAAGAUGAGGAUGCUGAAGAGCCAACAAGCAGCAGUACACUUGAUGGGAAGCCAGUAAAAGACAGUGAGCAGAGCGAUAUGCGUCAUCUCUGUGCAAUUUGCUUUGAUGCACCAAGGGACUGUUUCUUCCUCCCAUGCGGACACUGCUUGUCCUGUUUUGAAUGCGGAACCAAGAUAGCAGAGGCUGCUGGUACUUGCCCUGUAUGUCGCAGGCGCAUGAAGAAGGUGAAGAAGAUAUAUACUGUUUGAACAUCCCUUAUGGACUUGCCACCUCUGAUGCCGAUCUGCUGUGUAUAUACUGUUUGUAUCAUUGUAUUCUUGUCAAUGUGAUAGGUGAAAUUGUUUUUUCAUUAGCAAUUGGGUGGGCGGCCCUUCUGCCCUUUUCGCCCACCGGUAGCCUUUUCUUAUAAGGGAAACACUUAUUUUUUCUGUGACUUGAAUAUUUGAAGCUGCGCCCAACGUUGGAUGACUUUGUACUUCUGUGAGGUGGUUCAAAGACACCAGGUUGGUGAUGAUACUUAAACACAUGUAUAUUGAACUUGUAAAACCACUAGUAUUUUUUUUUUUUCAAAUGUUAUGAUGUUAUCCUUGCAA